AUGACAAAAACGCUCACCAAGCAGAAGAAUGUCAACGCACAGAUCAAGGAUGGACUUCCGCUUGUAGCAUCCGUCUUAAUAGAAGAUGUUACGCUUCUUGACAAGAUGGAAGAGGCUGCUCAAAACCAGCCUCUCCAACCGGGAGGUAAGGGCCAACGAAGCAGUAAGACGCUCCCAAAGAAAAAAAGGGCACGGGCACCAUCCGACGGGGAAGGCGAUAUCCCCACUAAAAAAGAUAAGAGGGAGACAAUCUCUCCCUCUACAAGCUUGAACAAAGAAGAGGACAACGCGAGACCACAACCACCGUGGGAACUAGCGGCCAGCAGGAAGGCAAAGAAGAAAGAACAAGGCAUUCAGGAGAAAAGCCAGCAACCAAGGAAGAAGAAAGAUGAGAAGGCACCGCGACAAAGGAGGGACGCGAUUCUCAUCAGACCAGAAACGGGGAAUACCUACGCCGAGAUCUUGGGACAGAUCAAGACAACGGUAAAACCGGAGCAACUGAAUGCGGAGGUGAAGUCCGUCCGUAAGACAAGAGACGGCGGCGUGCUGGUGGUUGUAGACAAGAGCGAUGACAAAAUGGAAUCGCUCAAGACGGCUAUCCAAAGCGCAAUCGGAGAAGCAGGCACAGUCAGCGGCAAGAUCCCCAAAACCACAUUGGAGAUCCGGGACAUUGACAGCCUCACAACGAAGAAGGAGGUUGCUGAUGCAAUCGCAGCUGAGACGGGCUCCGACAACGAAGAUGCAAAAAUGCAUCUGUUCAAGCCGAACACGAGGGUGGCAGUGGUCGAGAUGGAUCAGACCAAGGCCGCCGCACUGCUCAAAAAAGGGAAGAUCCGUAUCGGGUGUGUUAACUACCGGGUGCGUGUUCGAGCGAGCGUCACGCGAUGCUACCGAUGCCUCGGCUACGGUCACGUUAAAGUGCAAUGCAAGGGUACCGACAGAAGCACCAACUGCUGA